CUCCCUGAAAGGGGCUGUUACAUCCCCAGGCCUAUCACACUGUGAUAUACCACCGCUGCAGGGUCUUGCCCUUUAUUUAUUGUUUGCUCUGGGACCCUUAGUUUUCAUAAAGAAAUCAGCUUCUUGUUUUUCGUGUAGUGGUGAUCCUGUAACACCUCGCUACAACUUGUCACUCCUUUAUCACGGAGAUCAAAGUUUUGCCCUAACAGUUAAAUUUUACUACAGGAGGACCCAGGGGCAUGCAAAACAAAGGAGUUCUCCACACUGCGAGUAGUCACUUAUGUAGCUAUUUGAGAUUGAGCAAUGGUUGGUUUGUUGUAGGUGUAUAAAAAACAUCUCUCGGAAUAGUUGUUCUUAAGUUUAGGAAGGGUUGAUUUCGAACGUGGGGUCCCAGGAAAAUACUAUCUAGCUUCUCGUAGUACCUUCUCGUUGCUUUAAACAAAGAGGGGAUAAGUGAGAAAGGGCAGGGAUUCUGGCAUAGAGUGCGCUUGGAGCAUGCAGCUUCUAGUGGUGAGGGGGGAAGAGUUGCUUCCUCCUACUCAGCCUUUCUGGUGUUGAGUGACAGCAGUGCUGAGUGGCAGGAAGAGUUUUAAUGUGUUACAUGUAUCAGUACUUGGGGAGUAGCUGGCUCUCUCUUGAGCUGACUGUGGCUUGAGCAAAGCUUCUGUGGGGCUUGCUCUAACCGUCCGUGCCCCAGGUGGAGGCCGUGUCUGCCUUCCUUGGGGACAUGGCAGGGCGUGUGUAUUGUGGGGAAGAUCCUGUUACAGUGGGGGAUGCAGAAAACUUGAAGCAGUUUUAGGAAUUUAGAAAGGGUCAUCAGCAGGGAGCUGUUGUUUGCAGCUAGGUUACGCUUAUUAAGGUGGAUUCGACUCGGGCUGGUUGUGAAGGAGACUUGUGGUGUUUGAGCUUGUGGAAUGCCAGAGAGCGUUUGGGGUUUGUUUACAUGUAGUGGAGGUAGGUAGGGGAAACUGUUGAAGAAUGCGAGGCUAUUCAGUCUGCUGGGAGUUUUUCCCAAAUGUAUCCGGAAGAAGUGCCUUGCUGUCUUGGCCGCUGUGCUGGCCCUCACACGGCCUUGUGGUAGGCUGGAUCUGGAACGUGAUGUGGCUCAAAAGUCAGCUUUGACUUUCUCUCCUGAGUUUUGUUAUUCUGGAUCAGUUUGGCUCACUGGGCACCUCUGUGAGUAUCAGUCUUUGGAGUGAGGAGGGGGAGGAUGGCCCUUUGUGUCAGCGUGCUCACAGACUAUUGUAAAGAGAUUGUAGAAACCAGUCUCUAAGGGAGUAUGAAAACGCUGUGUUAAGCAAACAAAACAAAAAACAAGCCAAACAAAACAACAGUAGUUCUCUUGUUGUUUUGUUUCUGUUUUGACAAAAUUCAUAGAAAUUAACAUUUUGAUUUUGUUUUUAGAUAGAAGAGAAACACGGUUAUGUUUGCCUAUAGUUUUACAUAACAGAACAGCUAUCAAUCUUAUGAUGGCUCUGCAGAUGCUUGGAGAUCGGUUUUUAAUUUAUUUUACAUAUAUUUUAUAUAGUUUUCUACUAAAAGUGAAUAAAUUAGGGAAUUCAGAUUUUCACACAUGUUCUCUGUUUAUUUGACUGUUUCAGUUGAAUUUUCUUGCUGUAAUUUUUUAUGUGGGUCUGUUCAGUUUUUGUAAUGGUGCAAGUGUUAUGAAGAUGAUGUAGGAGGAAAAUGUGUUCCCCAGCUCUUAUUACAGCCUGAGGUAGUUCAGUUAAAUUUGUUAAGGUAUUUGAGUAGUACUUGUAGAAUUCUAGGCAGUGAUGAUGCAAAUGGUACGAGUUUACACUUUCUAAUGAAUUGUGUUCUGUUCUUAUUUGUGAUGUGCUACUGUUAAACUUGGGGACAUUACAAAAAAGAGGAGGUAGAGAACAGAUAAGAAAGCAUGGUUACUUGGUGGCAGAUAUGCAAGCACUGAAUAGAUGCCUUACACUGCUGUCCUAAUAAGACCAGCUUCUUUUUAAUUUAGAAUAUGUAUAACGAAAGACUAUUAGAAAUUCUGUAGGAUUUCUUGAAGACUAUCCUAUCCCCUGGUUCUGGUUGUAGUAUCCUUUUUCUUUUGAAGCUUGAAUCUCUGAAUGAAAAUGCAUGUUGACAACUGCCUAUGAGUUACUUUAACAAGAUUUUUGACUUGAAUCUUAUCGAUAGCUUUCAAGUACUGCUUAAGCAAGAGUAACAAUGGCUAUUAAAUAGGUAUAAGAUAACUAAAAUAAUACAGCUGAGAGCAGUGUUUAGCUAGUAUAAAUUUGGAUAACUAGUCUAAAAUACCUCUUUAAGCUUCCAUGUGGUGUGGAAUUUCUGAAUUAGUGGGUUUAGCAGAUAUGUAGCGUCUGCAGUAUCUGUCAGAAAGCUUUAACAUCAGUGUAGUAAUAAAGGCUCAUAAAAAUAUUUAAAAGGAAUUGGAAACAGGUUUUUGUCCUUAAGUAUUUGCCAUGUUUGAAAGAAAAAUUAAGUGACAUCUACUUCGUCGUCAUAGUGUUGCUGAUUCUGUGGCAUAUCUUGUUUUUGCUUCGUGGCUGAGGCUGGUUUAAGGCACCCAUAUAUACUGCUGUUACAUUAAGAAACAUGCUGACUGUUCGGUCAUCAAUGUGACUUAAUAUCCAUUUCUUAAAAAAUGUGCAGUUGGCUGUGUCAAGGUUUGGUAGUAUGUUUUCUUUAACAGUACUCUGCUUGCAAGUGCCGUUAAAAAGCUUAAGAUCCAGGUUUGUUGCUGCCUUGGCAAGCUAGUUUCAGGGAAGCCUUAGGCUUGCACUGCUGCCAAAGGAAGCAGUCCCGAAUGGGGGCUGUCACAGCUUACCCAUCAUGGCCGAGAUGUGGGGUUGUGUCAUGAGCCGUUCUGAAACUAAUCACGCAGUCCGUAUGCUUUCUGAUCCAGUUCACAAUGUGGCUGCACAAAUACUUGUGCUGGCAUAAGGGAGAAGACCAUCAGGAAUGUGAGUUACUAGACAAUGGGAGAGAGGGGACCGUUUCUUUACACAAGUAGUGCCAGCUUAUUCCGACUUAAUGUGGAGCUGCAGUACUUUACUUUGUAAUAGCCAGCUUUUUCUGGUGCCGUGAUGAAAUGCUUGAGAGUCUAGCAUCGAUUUUCUCACAUCUAGGGCAGAAAGCAAGGGGAAAAGAAGCUUGAGUUGACAGAACCAUGCAGAUAACAGCAUUGCUGUUUCAAGUAUAGACUGUUUCUUGCAGUCAUAGUUCCUUCUUAAAAUGCUCAGUGGUAGGCAUCUCGCAUCGCAUUUUUCAUAUGCAGCUUUGCAACCUCUAGGUCUCUUCUGAGGCUGGUCAAGAGAUAAGCUUAAUGCAACCAAGUAAGACAGGCAGGUGGUCUUUUGAUUUGUGGAUUGAUGUUACUGCUUGGAAGUGUGAUGUGCGUAGCACCUCUUUUUUCGCUGUAUUACCUGACAUGAUGUUCUGACUUCAGACUGUGACAGUGGUGACAAGAGAGUCCCCAGGAAGAGGCUGCUGGUGAUGUAACUCUGUAUGUACCACUGUUUUUCAAGUUCUCCGUAACAGAGGUCAAUCAAAUAUUUUAAUUCUUGCAUAUUGUAAGAAUAUAUGCAUAGGCAAACCUUUAUUUUAAAAAAAGUCUAAACAGUCUUUCCGUUUCUUUUCUUACGUAUGAACUUUCUUUGGAAAAAGGUUUUUUGCAUGUCAAGCAUUUACCUGUAACAAUUAAAUGGAAGCAAAACUGAAAGUAGUUGAGAUUUUCUGUUCAGCAUUUAAGGUUUUCUAUUCAACAUUCUUUUAUUUUCAAGUCCUUAGCGAAAAGAGUAGUCGUGGUAUACCCAGUGGCUGAUAUUAAAAACUUGUCUUUACAAUUCUGAUUUCAGUUAGCACCAGCCAAUUAUUUUUAAAACUUGGAUGUAGAGAUAACAUCAAACUGUAGUAAAUAUUGAUUUUUAAAUCUAGUACUGAACUUCAACCACUUAGCUGAAGUUUGUAUUAAUUUUUCUGUGUAAGAAUGCUUUAAUUAACCUUUGCUAGCUAAUGCCAUCUCACCUUUUGUCUAGACAAGAUCUGAAAUGGUCCGAUACACUACUGUGCUCCUUCAGAGACUCAUGCUUGCUGAUGAUGAGAAGUAAAAACUUUAUCUUAUUAAAGCAUAUAUUUUGUAAAAAUUGGAAAUAUCUUGGUCACUACUAGUGAAUGGGAUCUGUGUUGCUGAAAGGAUAAACAGAGAAUUUUAAAAUAACUGAUUGAUUGACACAGACCAGUGGCUUGAGGUUAGUUUCAGAUGAGAUUAGUCUCUUUGGGGCCACACAAACUCAGUGCAACUGUGAUGGGGGAAAGUUAUAUGGGGCAAGAGUGACCAGUGAUAGGGAAAGCUGUUUUUCCUUCUCAGAAGAAGUAUACCUACGGGGGAAAAUGGGUCGAUCUAACUCUAGAUCACAUUCUUCAAGAUCAAAGUCCAGAUCUCAGUCCAGCUCUAGGUCAAGAUCCAGGUCACACUCUAGAAAAAAGAGAUACAGUUCUAGGUCUCGUUCAAGGACAUACUCACGAUCGCGCAGCAGGGAUCGUGUUUAUUCUAGAGAUUAUCGCAGAGAUUACAGAAAUAAUAGAGGAAUGAGACGUCCCUAUGGUUACAGAGGAAGAGGUAGAGGGUAUUACCAAGGAGGAGGUGGUAGAUACCAUCGUGGAGGUUAUAGGCCUGUCUGGAACCGAAGACACUCCCGAAGCCCUAGGCGUGGCCGUUCACGUUCCAGAAGUCCAAAGCGAAGGUCUGUGUCUUCGCAGAGGUCCCGGAGCAGAUCUCGUCGAUCUUACAGAUCUUCCAGGUCCCCAAGGUCCUCUUCAUCUCGUUCUUCAUCCCCAUACAGCAAAUCGCCUGUCUCUUCCAAAAGACGAGGGUCUAUGGAAAAGCAGGCAAAGAAAACUGAAGGGGCUCCUUUGCAAGAUAGCCCUUUGAAAAAUAAAUCACAAGAUGAACAGAAAGAUACAUUUGAACAUGACCCAUCAGAAUCUCUUGACGAUUUUAAUAAAUCAUCAGCAGCUUCUGGCGACAUUUGGCCUGGCCUUUCAGCGUAUGAUAACAGUCCGAGGUCACCCCACAGUCCGUCUAUUGCCAGCCCGCCUAGUCAGAGUUCAUCUUGCUCUGAUGCCCCUUUGCUUAGUACAGCCCACUCAGCAAAGGACACACCUCAACAUUCCCAUUCCAUUCAGCAUAGUCCUGAGAGGUCUGGCUCUGGUUCUGUUGGAAAUGGUUCUAGCCGUUAUAGUCCUUCUCAGAAUAGCCCAUUGCAUCACAUCCCUUCGAGGAGAAGCCCUGCAAAGACAAUCCCAUCACAGAGUGUUCCCCGUGAGGAGCCUCGAACACGUUCGUUUUAUCCUGAGACUGGGGAACAGGAAACUGUAAAAGGUGGAAAGUUUCUGAAAAGGUACACAGAUGAAGAGUCUAGAGUAUACCUGCUUGAUAGGGGUAAUACCAGGGAGAAGGAGGCCCAGAAGGAGAGAGGAUCAGAAAAAGGGAGGACAGAGGGAGAAAGGGAAUGGGAGGAUCAGGAAACUUUAGACUUUUUCGUUGAUAAAGAGACUGGGAAAGAGAAGUUUAAUGACUCUGAAGGGGAGGACACAGAGGAGACAGAGGAUUACAGACAGUUCAGAAAGUCUGUCUUGGCAGAUCAGGGUAAAAAUUUUCCUACUGCAUCUCACCGGAAUGCUGAGGAGGAAGGAACCAAAUACAAAUCUAAAAUAACAAUGAAGGGCAGUAGAGAGAGCGAUGGAUUUAGAGAUGAGAAAAGUUAUAAGCCUAAAGAGACUGGCUAUGUAGCGGAAAGGCCUAGUACAACAAAAGAUAAGCACAAGGAAGAAGACAAGAGUUCUGAGAGACUAACGAUGAAGAAAGAAACUCAGUCACCUGAGCAGGUAAAGUCUGAAAAGCUCAAAGAACUCUUUGAUUACAGUCCCCCUCUACACAAGAAUCUGGAUGCGAGAGAAAAAUCCACCUUCAGAGAGGAGAGCCCACUUAGGAUCAAAAUGAUAGCCAGUGACUCCCAUCGUCCUGAAGUUAAACUCAAAAUGGCACCAGUACCUCUUGAUGAUUCCAAUAGACCUGCUUCCUUGACUAAAGACAGGCUGCUUGCUAGCACACUUGUCCAUUCCGUCAAGAAGGAGCAAGAGUUCAGAUCCAUCUUUGACCACAUUAAGUUGCCACAGGCCAGCAAAAGCACGUCAGAGUCAUUUAUUCAGCAUAUAGUGUCCUUGGUUCAUCAUGUCAAAGAGCAAUACUUCAAAUCAGCCGGAAUGACCCUAAAUGAGAGGUUCACUGCAUAUCAAAAAGCUACUGAAGAGCACUGCACUCGGCAAAAGAGCCCAGAAAUACAUAGGAGGAUUGACAUCUCUCCAAGUGCCCUGAGGAAGCAUACCCGUUUAGCAGGUGAAGAGAGGGUCUUUAAAGAAGAAAGUCAAAAAGGAGAUAAAAAAUUAAGAUGUGAUUCUGCUGAUCUUCGGCAUGACAUUGACCGCCGUAGAAAGGAGCGAAGUAAAGAGCGAGGAGACUCAAAGGGCUCCAGGGAAUCCAGUGGGUCAAGAAAGCAGGAGAAAACUUCAAAAGAUUACAAGGAUUACAAAUCUUAUAAAGAUGACAGUAAGCAAAAAAGAGAGCAAGACCGUGCUAGAUCUUCCCCAUCUUCCUCUCCAUCAUCAUCUUCAUCCGGUUCUCGAGAAGAAAAGGAUUGCAAGAAAGAAAGAGAUGAAGAGUUCAAAACUCACCACGAACAGAAAGAAUACUCUGGUUUUGCAGGAGUCAGCAGGCCAAGAGGCACCUUUUUUCGAAUUAGGGGCAGAGGAAGAGCCAGAGGAGUCUUUGCUGGAACAAAUACUGGUCCCAGCAACUCAAAUACUACUUUUCAAAAGAGACCGAAGGAAGAGGAGUGGGAUCCUGAAUAUACCCCAAAAAGCAAGAAAUAUUUCUUGCAUGAUGACAGAGAUGAUGGUGUGGAUUAUUGGGCCAAACGAGGAAGGGGCCGUGGUACUUUCCAGCGUGGCAGAGGGCGUUUUAACUUCAAAAAGUCAGGUAGCAGUCCGAAGUGGACACAUGACAAAUACCAAGGGGAUGGGAUUGUGGAAGAUGAAGAAGAAACAAUGGAGAACAAUGAAGAAAAGGACAGACGCAAGGAGGAAAAGGAAUAACCCUGGAAGAAAGCUGAAAGAGCAGCUUUUGCACCACCCACACAACAUUUUUAAUAUGUUCUUUUUGUUGUCAAAUGAAUGUAAGCAUUUUACUUAAAUUUUACUGUUGGAAGUAGUUUAGAGGGAUUGUUUUUCUGUUUUAAGCCUUUAGGAGAAAAAAAUCUUGAUAUAGUAAACUAUGUUAAUGAUCGUACAGUUAGAAAGUAAAAUAUUUGUAACAACUUUUAAGAAAUUUUACUGUUUGUUAUAUGCAGUGUAAUUCUGCUUUGUCCAAAUAUAUGGUCAAGUACAACUCCUAAAAGUUUUGAUUCUCCCCUAUGUCUGUGUUUUAUUCUGAAGUAAACUUACAGCUCUGCACACCUGAAA